CGUAUGUGCCCGUAGUCCCACUGCUAAUAACCAGUUUGCAACAUUUUGUGUUGACACGUGGGCUCACAAGCCCUCUUAUCUGUGCUGUGGUAGCUGUGUGAUCUGCCACUGCUGCUCUUACAAUAUGGCAAUCCUGGCAGACAUCUACACUAUGUGGACAGCCGGAACAUCAUCUAUGGGUACGGGAUGGCUAAAGAAGGUAGAAGCAUUAUUGGCAUGAUAUUCAAGAAUUUCAUCCAGUCCCUAAAGCCACGACAGAUAAGAGGAACUCCAGUAGGAACAGAUUACUUAGGAAAUAAAUAUUUCGAGAUACCGGCCAAUCCAAGUGUUGGCAAGAGAAAAGCUUCACGCUGGUUUGAACCUGCUGUGAAAGAUAACUUUGAGCAAGAAAUUCCAGCAGAAUGGGAAGCAUGGCUCAGAGGACGAAGAACAGCACCACCAAUGGAAGAGGAAAUUAUGCGCAGUGUUGCCAUUAUGGAAAUGAAAAAGAAAAAUGCUGCAGAACUUGCAAGAAAAGAAGGAAAGAAAGAUCCUGGUGUUUUAGAUAAAGAGGUUAAAGGAAUGGAAUCAUUUCCAAAGUAUGAUGAAUAUGAAGUAAUGCCAGGUAAAAGUAAGGAAGCAGAUAAAUAACACACAUUGAGGCAAUUUGUUGUUUAUACAGACUGUGCCAGUCAAAAAAGUUGUUUGUGUUGAACUAUAGUUUUUUUUUUUAAUAUAUGUUAUUCAUAACAUGUAGGCAUGAGUUAGCGUAUAAUGACUCACUGAUUUCUCGUAAGAGCUUUGUUUAUGCAUGUAAAACAAUAAAGUGCAGUGAAUUAUU